UGGUCAGAUAUGCAACACGCCUAAUUGGAGAGAAUUUGGCAAGAACCAGUACCUUUUCGUGAAUGAUCCGGGUAGAACAUGGAAUAAUGCUAAGGAAUAUUGCCGUUCACAGGGCGGAGACCUCGCAGUUAUAACUUCUCAUGAACAAAACUCUUUCUUGAACACUUAUACACUGAAAAAAACGACUGGAUAUAACUACUGGAUAGGCCUGAGUUACAAAGAUAGUGACGGGAAAUACACGUGGGUAAACAACACGCCAUCAGGGUAUUGCAAUCUAAGACCCGAGGGCAAGGAAGGAGGAUGUGUUCGGCUGAGGACGGAUCACUCAGGACAAUGGGAGGGCAGCGGCUGCGCAGACAGCCGUGUUUAUAUUUGCCAGCGUGAUUCAGAUCCUCGUUGUUCUUGGAACCAGUACGGGCAAUCAUUUUAUCGCUUCAUGGGAGAUGGGAGGAGUUUUGAUUCAGCACAGACUGAAUGCGCGAGCAUCGGAGGAAGAUUGGCGAUUAUCAGAUCAACAGAAAUUAAUACAUUUCUAGAAUCGUUUGUUACACCCGCUCUUUCAUCUUCCUAUUGUUAUUGGUUUGGUUUAAAUCGAAGCUCAGAUAGUGAGCCAUUUAGCUGGAAUGAUGGUAUUAACUUGAGUGAUCCUCACUGGGCUCCUGACGAGCCAUCAAGCUCUAUAGGACAGUCCUGUGGAUGUUUAUGGUCUGAUGGAAACAAUGACAAUCACGGUCGAUGGGACAGUCGGACUUGUGAAGACGCACUGCCUUACAUCUGUGAAAGACCACAAAUCCCACUUAAUGGAAAAUGGAUAGAAAUUGCAGCAGUUAACGAUGUACAGUAUUACUUCUCAACAUUUUCGGCGAAUUAUUUCAAUGCAAACGAGUAUUGUCGGCAAAUAGGUGGACAUCUGGCGCAAUUGAAAACAUCAACGAUUUAUUCAGCAGUGAGAGAUCACUUUUUAAGAAUGGGAGUCAACAGUUUUGUCUUCGGGCUUGAUGAUCUAAUGAAGGAAGGUGAAUUCCGAUGGGCUGAUGGCACGUUAUUGAGCGAAACGGGAUAUUCUCAAUGGAAUCCCGGUAACCCGGAUAAUUAUUUAGGGAACGAACAUUGUGUGGACAGGCAUGUGAACACAGGCGCUUGGAAUGAUCGACCUUGCAGCAUUCAAAAAAGAUUUGUCUGCGAGAAACCAAAAGGUAGGCCGACAUCAAUUAGGUAA